AAAGAAAAAGAAAACAUACAAACUUCCAACGUACGUGUGAAUGUAAAAGGGUCGCCUCGCGAUUGCGCUCCAAAGAAGGCGUGAGUCUGGAUAUUGUUCUUCUUCAACGAUGAUGAGAUUAAUGGCGACCAACUACACCUAGGGUUUCUGUUCUUCCCCCCUCCCCAAUUUCUACCUCUCCUUCUUUCUUCACUUCUCCUCUCAUUUCUCCUUUCUCACUCAUGGCCAAAACCAAACCUCCCAAGAAAGAUUUGGACUCCUACACCAUCAGAGCUACCAACAAGAUCGUUAGAGCUGGAGAUUGUGUUCUCAUGCGCCCAUCCGAAACUAGUAAGCUCCCCUAUGUAGCGCUUGUUGAGAAGAUCGAAGCUGAUAACCGUAACAACAUUAAAGUUCGAGUCAGGUGGUAUUAUCGACCAGAGGAGUCGAUUGGGGGUCGGAGGCAGUUCCAUGGAGCUAAGGAACUCUUCUUGUCUGACCAUUAUGACGUCCAGAGUGCUCACACCAUUGAAGGGAAGUGCAUUGUUCAUUCCUUUAAGAACUACACUAAGCUUGAUAAUGUUGGUGCUGAGGAUUAUUAUUCUAGAUUUGAGUACAAGGCUGCUACUGGAGCUUUCACGCCUGACCGAGUUGCUGUCUAUUGCAAAUGUGAGAUGCCUUACAACCCAGACGAUCUCAUGGUGCAGUGUGAGGGCUGCAAGGACUGGUACCAUCCUGCUUGUGUAAGUAUGACCAUCGAGGAAGCAAAAAAAUUGGACCAUUUUGUGUGUUCUGAAUGUGGAUCUGAUGGGGACAUCAAGAAAAAUGAGAAUGCAUUUUCAGCAUCACCAGUGGCUGAUGGCAAGCUCGAGUCAAAGCGACGGAAGAGAUAACCAUUUGAGGUGGAAUUGUUUGUUGUAUUCAACCAUGGAAGAUGAGGAGAGUUCAAUUGUUAUUUAUGUAGGUGAUGUAUAGCAUAGCUUGGAUAUUGCUGUGUAAAACUUUUGUGUUCUGUGACUUAAUUAAGUUAUAUAUAUAUGAUGUGUGUGUAAGAUGUAGUCGUGUAGUAGUAGCGUAGGUAGUAGAGUAGUAGUAGUAGUAGGAGCUCAGGGAGUGUUUCUCCAUAAGUAUAACAGUUGAGGGUAGUCUUGUUGUAUCAUUUUGGUAAACUCUCUAUUCCGUUUCUGCAUUUGGAACCUUUGAUGUGAUUUAUGGGGACACUCGAAUAGUGGAAACAGAAAUUUUAGAGAUUGCUGAAAAUUGUCAUU